CACGCCCCUUCAUAGUAAAGCAACUCGAGUGGGCGUCAUGAGCAGCAGCUGCCACAAUUCAGCGUGAAAAGAAUAGAAAUAGUAAGUUUUAGUCGCUUUAGACCGCUCUCAUGGUGGCAUCUCGGUAUAGGAGAAGAACUGGCUGAUGAAUUGAAUGCCCCCCCCGCUUCCAGUCUCCAUGGAAUACCCACCAAGGACCACCACCAUGGCUCCACCGGUGCCGCCGCACAAAGCCCAGCCAGCCCGGCCGGGACAGGGGCAAGAGCGGCUACUGAAGUGCGUGCUGCUCGGAGACGGAGCCGUGGGCAAGACGAGCCUGGUGGUCAGCUACACCACCAAUGGCUACCCCACUAAAUACGUCCCCACUGCUUUUGACGACUUUUCUGCCGUGGUUCAAGUGGACGGAAGCCCCGUUCGACUACAGUUGUGUGACACCGCAGGCCAGGACGAGUUUGACAAACUGCGCCACUUCUGCUACAGUCGCACGGACGCAUUGCUGCUCUGCUUCAGCGUGGUCAGCCCGGCAUCCUUCCAAAACGUCUGGGAGAAGUGGGUCCCGGAAAUCCGCCGGCGCUGCCCCCUCACGCCCAUCCUCCUGGUGGGCACGCAGUGCGACCUACGGCAGGACGUCAAGGUCCUCAUCGAGCUGGCCAGGCGGAAGGAGAGGCCCGUGGCCGAGGAGGACGCCAGGGCGCUGGCCGACAAAAUCGGGGCAGUGACGUACGUAGAGUGUUCGGCCCUGACACAGAAGAACCUGAAGGAGGUGUUUGAUGCCGCCAUCGCUGUGGGGUUGAAGAAUUCUGAAAGAAGAGUGCGGCGGGAGAAGGUGCGGAGUACAGCCGAUAAGAUGAAGAUGCUGUCCAAGUCGUGGUGGAAGAAGUAUGUGUGUGUCCAGUAGAACUUCCUGUGUAACGGCAGUGGCUUGACUGCGGAAGAGUGGAGCAACAACAACAACAACAACAUGAUGUUCGUGUGCUCCUCAAUCAUCAACAUGACUUUGACCAGCAUUCAACCAAAAACUAUGCAGCUCCUUAAUGUAAUACAUGGACUGCAUUCUCAAAUGUGAACUGGAACUGGAGUUGGAGUCAAGUGACAUGAACUCAGAUUGUAGUCCCUCCUUGGAAAGUAUAUAUCUAUAUGUGGUGUACACUGUAAUUCAAAAUCCAAACAUUCACGUUCAAUAGAAUAUUAUAGAAUAAUCAUGACAUGUUCAAACGUUGCAAUGCUUUGGAUUUUUAGAUGAAAAAAUUAAUGUAGAUUGUAUGUUUUUUUUCAUACAAUUUAAAAUGAAAAUUUUGCAUGUUCAAUUUUUCAAUUUUGGUAUUCCAAACAUGUGGAUAUACAUGCUGUUCAUUAGUAAAAAUAGAUUGAAUAUAUAUUUUAAAAAGCCUAUGAGUGAAAUACUCACGUCUAUUUUGUUACUGUCCAAUGAAAAGCAUGCAUUUCAAUAUUUUGUGUUUUGAAAACAUUUAUCAAAAAGAACAAACAAUUAUUGAAUAAUUUGCUCAAAUUGAAGGUUUCUCCAAAGCUGCGUAUCAAAAUAUAUUUUAAAAAGCCACCACAUGCCCUGAACACCUCCCCAUGCAGGGAGGCGUCUGGCAAGCCACCUCCUCUGGCUCCUCGCAAUGCGAAGGAGCAGCGGUUUGACUCAGUUUCUCCUGGAUGACAGUGCGAGCCCAACCACCCUACGGAGAAAACCCAUUUUGGCCGCUUGUACCCACGGUCUUGCCCUUUCAGUCACUAACUUUAAAAUGCAAAAUUAAAAAAUAUAAUGAUCGAUAAAUCUUUGUUGUUGUUGCUUUCUGAUAAAAGCAUGUAUCUCCAUAUACUGUAUAUAUAUUGUUUAAUCCAAACAAAUAAUAUGCGUUUAUAGUUUUGUUUUUUGGUAUAAAAAUAUAUUUAAAAAGCAAAUGAAUCAAAUGGUCACUGUUUGAUGAAAAGCAUUUUUUGGAUGAAAAUUUUACUGCACUGUGACAUUUCUGUUUGACUAAAAAUGUUCAAUGUAAAAUUUGGAUCCCAACUAUAAUUGAGUUUGUUCCCUUUUAGUAACCAAACACAUUGGGUGUUGCCGCUGUACAUAAGUAUAUAACACAGUGGCAGGCAAUGACCUUUGGACCAGCAGUGUUAGAGUACCGGCUAUACAAUGUACCUUCAGCAUUUCCAUUUUAAACAGGGUGCCAAAACGGCUGGCCUUGUGUUUGCUCUGUGCUUCAACACAACACCAGUUGGAUAACCGACUAUGAUCUGUCUUCCAUGACACUCUUCUGCAAUGCAAUCACCAAAGACCCUCUACUGGAUACGUUUUGCUUCUUAUUUUUCAGAAGCCCGUCAUUCACGCUCUGUUCUCUGUUCCCUACAGCUGAUGAAAUGAAACACGACAAAGCAGAUGCAUGAAUGUGCCAUGUCUUUAUGUAUGUUACAUAGUAUAAAAUGUCCGAUAUGAUGUUUGUAAUGUCACCAUGCUUGUUUGUAUGUGUAUGUUUGUGUGUGUGUGUGUGUGUGUGUGUGAGUGAGUGAGUGAGUGAGUGACUCAGUCAGAAAUGGUACAUAACACUUGAGGGGUUGGAAUGGAGCUAAAUAAAAUGUGAAACAUUUAAUCUUUCUCGCUCUGUUUUUAAUGUAGAUAUUUUUGAUUAUGUUGAUAUAUAGCUAAUAGCUGUCAUUUUCUUAUGACUUUGCUUCUUUUCACCAUCACAACAACUGACGAUUAAAAUAUUGGGAGCCGA